AUGGGUAAUGCUGCUGGAUUGCAGGCAAAACUAUGGCUACCUCAAGCAUUAAAACCAGGAUUAUCGACAACGGGAAAUGGAAAAAUCGAAGUUGAAAAGGGAGACAUAACAGCCCAAAAAGUUGAUGUUAUUAUUGGGACUUCAUCAUCGGAAAUACUGAAAAAGGCGAUAAUAAAUGCGGCUGGCGAUGUAGUGAGAACUGCUGAUUGUCGUUCCCGUGAUUUGGUAGCAUCCGUUAAUUACAAACUACCCGAAACCUGGGUGCGAUCAACAGGGGAUAAAAUACUGUUUCCGGUAUCUAAAGCUAAUAAUGAAUAUGAAUCGAUUUGUACGGAUUUUGAUAAAGCAAUGAAAGGGAAAUCUAAGCAAAUGAUAAAAAUUGAACGAAUUCAAAAUGAACGAUGGUAUAUACAAUAUUUAGCACACAGCCAAGGUUUCAGAAAACGGCUAAACGGCGACACGGAAAUGCGUUUAUAUCAUGGCUGUUCUCAAGAAGCAGCAAAUGCAAUUAUACACAGUUGUUUUAACAGAAGUUUCGCUGGAAUGCAUGGUACUGCAUAUGGCUAUGGUGUUUACUUUUCUUCAAACGCAGCUUACAGUCACGACUAUACUAAUCCAAACUUCAAUGGGGAACGAUGUAUGUUCGCAGCGCGCGUUCUUAUUGGAAAAACAAUCCGAGGAAACAGUUCGAUGAGAACUCAACCUAUCGGAUAUGAUUCGACCACGGAUGAAAAACAUAUUUUCGUUACCUAUCAUGAUGCACAGGCCUAG